GGCGGCGGCGUUGGCUGGGAAGCCCUUUGCUGCUGCUUCAUUCAUGGUCGCAGGAGGGGUUGCCGUGGCUGCCGCAGCCGCCUUCUCUUGCCCAGGACCAGCCUGUGAUGACCCCGGGCGUAUUUCGGGCUGUUUGAACGGCGGCGGGGGGGAAAGGGGAGCUUGAUGAAAGCGAUGUCUCCCCAACAGGAUCACAUCGGGCAGGGGCGCUCUUCCUCACUGACCGGAGGGUCCCGGCUCCCCGCAGCCUCCGACGUCAGCAAGAAAAUGAAGAGCUUGGCCCAAAGGCGUCAAUCAGCACCAUCCUUGGUUCUCAGCAAAGCACUGACCAAGUCCAGAACAAGUGUCAGGGAAAGUUGCUUCUCUCCCAUCAGUCCAGAGACAUGUCCGCUGGUGCAGUCCUUCCUUUGUCCCAGCAGAACAUUCCUUAUGGAUGGACAUGUGCAGCUGAAGACGGGCCUACAGACCCAGGAACGACACCUUUUCCUCUUCACAGAUAUUCUUGUGGUCGCCAAACCCAAGUCACACUUGCAUUUCAAACUGAAGAGCCAGGCACGUCUCUGUGACAUGUGGACAGCUUCUUGCCUGGAAGAGGUCUGUGAGGGUAGCACUGACCUUGAGAAGUCUUUUGUUUUAGGAUGGCCCACCACCAACUGUGUUGCCAGCUUCAGUUCCGUCGAUCAGAAAGAGAAGUGGCUUACUUUCCUACAAAGCCGUAUCAAAGAAGAGAAGGAAAAAGACUAUCCCAAGAGCAUUCCAUUGAAAAUCAUUGCAAAGGAUAUUGGAAACUGUGCAUAUUCAAAAACCUUAACCAUAACCAACACAGACAUAGCAAGUGACAUAGUUCUCAUGGCCUUGCAGCAACUUGGAAUCAACGGCUCUGAAAAAGAAUAUCAGCUUUGGGUGAAUUCUGGUAGAGAAGAUGCUCCAUAUCCCCUUAUUGGACACGAAUAUCCAUUCGGAAUUAAAAUGAGCCACAUUCGUGACACUUUGCCUCAAACCCAGGAAUCAAAGGACUGUGUCUGCCCUCUGGAAGUUCAGGAGGCCAUCCUAAUUGAGCAGCUGCCCCGCGAGCGCCAGUGCCAGUUUGUAAUCAAGCCAAGGCACCUGGCCACUGGCCAUGAGCUGAAUGAGUGUAGCCAAAAGCAACUUAAAAGGAAAAGAUCCACUAUAAACUGGGCCUUCUGGAGAGGUGCAGAAUCUCCCCCUUCCCCAACAUCUGCCCAAGGGAAGCUAUUCGGACACCCUCUCCCAGACAAGCUGCCCAAGCCAAUCUUUGACAUGCUUUCUUUCCUGAACCAAGAGGGGCCUUUUACUGAGGGCAUUUUCCGACGUUCUGCAAGUGCAAAAUCUUGCAGAGAGCUGAAGGAGAAGCUUGAUUUGGGAGCUGAAGUGAACUUACUCAGCGAGUCCAUUUUGGUGAUAGCCUCUGUGCUAAAGGAUUUUUUGCGUAAUAUCCCAGGCAGCAUUUUCUCAUCCCAGCUCUGUGAUCAGUGGGUUUCCUUAAUGGAUGAAGGGAACAAUGAAGAGAAGAUAAAAAGCAUCCACAGGCUAAUGGAACAACUACCUGGAGCCAAUGUGAUGCUGCUGCGUUACCUGUUUGGAGUCCUACACAGCAUAGAAAGGCAGUCUGAAGACAAUAAGAUGACUGCGUUCAAUUUAGCAGUGUGCAUUGGACCCAGCUUACUCUGGCUACCAGCUGCCACAAACUCUUGGACUGAAGAAGAAUUCACAAUGAAAGCUUCUGUCCUCAUAGAGUUUAUGAUUCAAAAUGGAAGGAGGAUUUUUGGGGAUGAAAUUAAUUACAUCUUUGCAGCCAUGAUGCCCCAAAAUGACAACCAAGAAGAUAGUUCAGAUCUCUCUUCUGUUCGUCUGCAUGACUCCUCAUCCGACAGUUUGGAAAAUGAAUUGAAUGACUGCGCAAACCUCAGUAAAAAAGAGGGGGGGAGUAAAGAGGUGGUGUCCCUGAGUGACAUAGAUUUGGACCUACUGGAAGCAGAGGACCCCCAAAUCCGCUGCACCUCAUCAGGAGAGCACUCUGAAAGUGAGUCUGGGUAUUCGUCAACACCCAUUUCUGAUGCUCUUGAACCGCCUUCUCCCACCACCUCCACUUAAGUUGAAUAUUUGCUCAAGAGUGAGCUUAUCAU